AUGGAAGACCUCAAAGGAUUUGCGGUAGAAGCCCUGGAUGAUUUUGCCCAGUUUAUGCCAGGUGCUGCCCACCAACCUAGCUUGGGGGGCUCCCGAUUCUCCAUCAACCCACACUGCCUCUCCCAGAAUCCCAUGCUGGGAUGCUACCCGGGAACAUGCUCUGGCCCUGCAGAACUGCCUGCCUAUCCUCAAGAGAACUUCAGGAGUGGAGUGACCCACGGAGAAUGGUACCCAACUGGCCCUGCAGAUGGACUCUACUCUUCCAUCUCCAGGUAUGUGGGGACGUCUGGAUACAGCGUGUCUGGCGUGGACUGUUUGGGCUACCUGAGCGAGAUGAUCAAAUCGCCCCAAUUCCUCACUGGGAACCCCUCCAAGCGGAAGCGGCGUGUGCUCUUCUCCCGGGCCCAGGUUCACGAGCUGGAAAAGAGGUUUGAGAUCCAGAAAUACCUGACUGCACCAGAGCGUGAGCAUCUGGCCACCAUUACCCGCCUCACCCCAAACCAGGUGAAGAUUUGGUUCCAGAACCAUCGCUACAAGAUGAAGAAGCAAGCCAAGCUUCAGGACUCCAAGGACAACCACCCGGGGCAGGGAGCCCACACGCCUUGCAAUAGUAGCCUUGUCUCUCAGCCGGACGGUGGCUACAGUUUUGCCAGAUCUCCAGUGGAGGAGAAAUUCUUUCUCCAGGGCUUGGCUUCCAGUCCUGGUGCCGAACCCAACCCACAGCCCCUCAUAAAAACUCCUGAAAUCAGCCUUUCGUUUGGCAAAUCAUGGUAGCUUACAGAGAUUUCUUCCCAAAAGAACAAGAGUAGAGUGUGCAGUAACAAGAGGAUGCCCAUGCAGAAUGUCUGGCACCCAGUAGCAUCACUAGGGGUGUGUGAAGUGUGUGAACUGCACCAUCAGAAGGGGUGACACCAGGCACCAGCAACCUGUUCCAAGGCUUCACCCCUGGAAAGAAAAGGGGGCACUAUUCUUGGUAUGCCACUCUCCUUUGAGGGGCAAGGACAGGGCUGAAGCUGCAGACCUUUCUCUCUGCUUUCCCUUCCCGCAACCUCCUUUCUGAAUCUGUUUGGCUCCUUUUCACCAUUGUCCUUUGGAGGGCCCUGUUUGCUGGGUUUUCCUCUUCCCUUGAGGAUGGAGAUCUUUU